AAUCGCGUUGCAGGAUUUUUGUCCUCGGUGGGACGCCGUCGAGUUGUGUCUGAUCCGUCAACAUGGCGUCUUCAAUGUCACUCUUGUUUGGUCUGAGCCGCAUUUGUUUUCGCCAUACAGUCACAAAAACACCACUAAGGUCAGUUAGCACAUCAGGAUGUCUGGCGCAGAAACAAGGCCAAGAGUCGCAGCUCAUCACAGUGGAUGAGAAACUGGACAUCACAUCGAUAUCCGGUGUUCCAGAGGAGCACAUAAAGACUCGGAAAGUGCGCAUCUUUGUGCCCACUCGCAAUGCCAUGCAGUCCGGCGUCCAGAACACCAAGAAGUGGAAGAUGGACUUUGACACGCGUGAGCGCUGGGAGAAUCCUCUGAUGGGCUGGGCCUCGACGGCUGACCCUCUGUCCAACAUGGUCCUUACGUUCAGCACUAAGGAGGACGCGAUCGCGUUCGCUGAGAAGAACGGAUGGAGUUAUGAUAUAACGGAGAAGAAAACACCUAAACCGAGAGUGAAGUCAUACGGCGCAAACUUCUCUUGGGACAAAAGGACCCGAAGAUCCGCCAAAUAAACGAUCAGUCAGAUUAUUUAGAUCUGGUCAUGAUCUCUGUGUUUCUAUGAUAAAUAUUGUAAAAUGUACAUUGACAGAAAUCUAAUAAAGCAUCCUGAAGUAA